GUGUGUGUGUGUGUGUGUUUGUCCACCAGUGUUCGACCCUUCUGGUCCCUCAUUCCCACUGAGGUCUCACAGCCAAAAGGGCUUCUUUGGAGCUCCGGGUUUCUCGGAGAGUCUGUGCUAGCGUUGCCUCUCUCUUCAUUCUUUCCAUUCUAAACAGCUGCUGAACACGCGCCGCCAUGUCGGACAACGAAGAAAUAACGGAGGAAUACGAAGAGGAAGUCGAAGAAGAGGAGGAAGCCCCUGAAGAGGCCCCAGGCGAGGAGCAAGAGCCGGAAGAGGAGGAGCUACAACAGGAAGGGGAGGAUCCUGAGGUGGAGGAGGAGCUAGAGGAAGAGACCAAUGAGGAACAAGAUGGUGAAGAUGAGGCCGCUGAGGAUGAAGGAGAAGAAGAAGCAAAGCCUAAAUUCAAGCCGUUCAUCAUGCCUAACCUCAUACCACCCAAGAUACCAGACGGAGAGAAGGUGGACUUUGAUGAUAUCCACCGGAAGAGGAUGGAGAAGGAUCUGACAGAGCUGCAGACACUGAUCGAAGUUCACUUUGUGAGCAGGAAGAAGGAAGAGGAGGAUUUUAUAAACCUUAAGGAACGGAUUGACAAGCGGCGUUCUGAGCGAGCGGAGCAGCAUCGGAUCCGCAGCGAGCGGGAGAAGGAGCGUCAGAAGCGCCUUGAGGAUGAGAGGUCUCGCAAAGAGGAAGAAGAGGCCAAGAAGAAGGCGGACGACGAUGCGAAGAAGAAGAAAACCCUGACCAGCCUCCAUUUUGGGGGCUACAUGCAGAAGGUGGCGGAGAAGCGGAGCGGUAAGCGGCAGACGGAGAGGGAGAAGAAGAGGAAGAUUCUAGCCGACAGACACAAGCCUCUGGACGUGGAGAACAAAAGCGAGGCGGUGCUCAAGGAGAAAGCUCAGGGGUUAUGGGACUGGAUGCACCAACUGGAGCAGGACAAGUUUGAAUUUCAAUACCUGUUUGCCAGACAGAAAUACGAGAUCAACGUGCUAAGGAACCGCGUGAGUGAUCACCAGAAAAUCUCUAAGAGAACUAAGAGAGGCCUGAGGAAAUAGGAACCAAAAAGACAGGA